AUGGUGUCCCUGAAAUUGCAGAAGCGUCUAGCUGCAUCUGUACUCAAGUGCGGCAAGCGUAAGAUCUGGCUCGACCCUAACGAGUCGAAUGAGAUUGCGCUAGCGAAUUCGCGUCAGAAUAUUCGCAAGCUUGUUAAGGAUGGUUUUGUCAUCAAAAAGCCGCAGGUGAUCCAUUCGCGAGCUCGCUUCGCUAAACGUAACGAAGCAAAGCGCAAGGGUCGCCACACGGGCAUCGGUAAGCGUCGUGGUACGGCAAAUGCGCGUCUACCUUUCAAGGUGAUUUGGAUGCGUCGUAUUCGUGUCCUUCGUCGUCUACUCCGCAAGUAUCGCGAGGCCAAAAAGAUUGACAAGCACAUCUACCACGAGUUAUACAUGCGUAGCAAGGGUAACCAGUUUAAGAACAAGCGUGUGUUGAUGGAGACAAUCCACAAAAUGAAGGCUGAACGCCAUCGCGAGAAGACGCUGAAGGAGCAAUCAGAGGCCCGCAAGGAGAAGGCGAAAGCGUCUCGCGACCGCAAGACGAAAAAGGCCGCCGACCCUGUCUCUAAGAAGGAAUAA